UCAAGAUGGAUUACAGUUCUUACAGUGGAGUCCCAAGGUUCUUGACCAGGCCUAAGGCCUUCGUGGUCUCCAUGGGGAAAGAUGCCACCUUGAGUUGCCAGAUUAUUGGAAAUCCCAUCCCUUUAGUGAGCUGGGAGAAGGAUAAACUUCCUAUCCAGACGGGGGGAAGAUUUAAAAUGGUGGAAGAUUGCGAUUUGUAUCGUUUAACGAUUUAUGACUUGAGCCUGGAGGACAGUGGCCAGUAUAUCUGCCGGGCCAAGAACACCAUCGGGGAAGCUUUUGCUGCAGUCAGUAUCAAAGUUGGGGAGAAGACCACUGUGACGGAAUCAGCACCUUACUUCAUCCAGAAGCCCACUUCUAUUAGAGUAAUCAUGGGAGAAGAUGCCAUGUUCAAAUGCAUUGUCCAGGGUAGUCCUCCCCUUUCCGUAAACUGGGAGAAAGAUGGGAGGCACCUGGGCGGGCGUUCAGAGUCUAACCGCAUCCAGAUUGAGUCCCAGGGGGAGAAAAAUGCCCUCAAGAUCCAGAGUACUCGGUUGGUGGACAGUGGAACGUACACUUGCCGUGCAGAGAAUCCGCUCGGGGCCACCAGCGCAGCAGCUGCGUUGGUGGUGGACACGCCGGAUUCUUACAGUCCAGGUGGCACCAGUCAUGAUAUCGACGUGAGCAACAGCAAGACUUCCCCUUUGCUGUCACACUUGCAAAAAAGGCGGGAAGAAAUUAGAAAGACAGACCUAUCCACCACUGACUCCUUGAUCUCCACAGCGUACUCCACAGAAGGGCGAUCCAAGCUUGGCCUGAGCCUCUCUCUUGAUUAUGAGAGGGCUGCCAGCUUGACUUCCAAGGGCUUUCGGGGCGAUGGUGGCUCUUACUAUGGCGUGACAACGCGUACUUUCACCGUCACCGAGGGAAAACAUGCCAAGAUGAGCUGCUACGUGACAGGAGAACCCAAGCCGGAGAUCGUUUGGAAGAAGGAUGGCGAGGUCAUCCUUGAAGGUCGCCGGCACAUCAUCUAUGAGGAUGAACAGGAGAACUUUGUACUGAAAAUCCUCUUCUGCAAGCAAAUCGAUAAUGGCCUCUACACUUGCACAGCCUCCAACCUGGCAGGGCAGACCUACAGCUCUGUGCUGGUCACAGUCAAAGAACCGAAAAUACCUUUCAAGACGAAACUAAGAGAUUUGGAAGUCCGGGAGAAAGACUCGGCUACUUUCCAAUGUGAGGUUCCGGUUGACACCACAGAAACCACCUGGUUCAAAGAGGAGACAAAACUUCAACAGAGCAAGAAGUACACCAUUGAAGAGCAAGGGACAUACCGGAAGCUCACAGUCCAGGACGUUACCAUGGAUGAUGAUGCCGUCUAUAUCUGUGAAAUGAAAGAAGGUAGCAGAACCAUUGCGGAACUGAACGUCCAAGGGAAUAUUAUCAAGAAACUCCCAAGGAAGACUGCAGUCAGCGUAAAAGACACAACUAUAUUCUGUGUGGAGCUGGAAAACAAGUGUCAGAAUUUCCGGUGGUUAAGGAAUAAGGAGGAACUGAAGCCCAACAACAGAAUUUCCCUCACCUCAUCUGGCAAAGAAUACAGCAUGAUCAUCCGCGAUUGUAAAAUGGAGGAUGCAGGAGAGAUUGUAUUUGUGGCUGAUGAGUGCAGAACAUCCACCCAGUUUACUGUCUCUGCUCCAAAGAAGCCUCCAUCUCAUCCGCCAAUUGACCCAGUGGUGAAAAAUAAAACAGAAACCUCAGUGAUGUUAGCUUGGUCCCCUCCUAAGAUGGACCGCCCCAUCCCCAUUGAUGGGUACCUAGUGGAACGUAAGAAACUGACGGGAUUCACCUGGCUGCGGUGCCAUGAGUCUCUCGUCCCCGAAACUGAGUUCACCGUGAGCAACCUCACGGAAGAGUCCGACUACCAAUUCCGAGUAUCUGCGCUCAACAACUAUGGGCAGAGUGACUACCUUGAGUUCCCUGGAACUUUGCACCUUGAACCAGUUCUGGCUGUGAAAACCCCCCUAAGAAAUGUGGAAGUAGCACCUGGCAGGGAUGCAACCUUUACGGUUGACCUCACUAACGCUUCCUCCGGCUCGUGGUAUAUUAAUGGCAAAGUUGUACAGAACAGCGAUAAAUACAUCAUUACAAGAAUCAAAACGACCCACAUCCUCACUGUCAAGCGGGUCACAAGUGCUUUCAAAGAAGCAGAGGUGAAGUUUGUCACCAAUAAUAUUGAAAGCACUGCCAAGAUCAGACUGAAAGAUGAAGUGUCAAACUUUGUCAACGAAUCGGCCCCUGGAAUUUCGGUCAAGCUCUGGGAGAAGUUUGAGCUGGUGUGCGAGGUGUCAUCAGCGACUGAGGCCGUGAUAUGGAAGAAGGGCAAGAAAGAUAUUAAGCCAGACCAGAGAGUGACGUUUACCUCUCAGGGAAUGCAGCGGAAGCUCAUCGUUAAAAGUGCAAUUAAGCAAGACGAAGGGGUCUACACCUGUGAAACGAUGAAUGACAAAUUAACAUUCCAAGUUGAGGUCAAAGAGCCCGAGCAGGUAUUUGCCAGCAAGGAGAAGGUGGAGAAAGAGAUCAAAGCUGCCCUUUCAGAGAGCGCAGCUCUUGCCUGCGAGGUGACUCAAGCCGACGCAGAAGUGAAGUGGUUCAAGGAUGGGAAACUGAUCUCCUCCAGCCACAAGGUCAAGGUAGAAGCUGAAGGCAAAACCCGUCGGCUGGUUGUCCAACAGGUGGAGAAGAAAGAUGCGGGCGAGUACACCUGUGAGGCCGCUGGCCAGAAACUGACCUUCAACGUCAUUGCGACAAGUCCAAAAGCCGCAGAAGUUGAGGAUGUGUUUGCCAACAAAGAGACGGUACGGAGAGAGAUCAAGGCGGUAUCUUCGGAGAACGCCUCUCUCAGCUGCGAGGUGGCCCAGGCCAACACAGAAGUGAAGUGGUUCAAGGAAGGGAAACUGAUCACUUCCAGCAAGAAAUUCAAAGUAGAAGCUGAAGGCAAAUCCCGGCGGCUGAUUGUGCAGCAGGUGGAGAAGAAGGAUGGGGGCGAGUACACCUGUGAGGCUGGCAACCAGAAACUGACCUUCAAAGUUGUUGUAGCAGCCACAGAAGUUGAGGAGGUAUUUGUCAACAAAGAGAAGGUACAGAGAGAGAUCAAGGCGGUCCUUUCAGAGAACGCCUCCCUCAGCUGUGAGGUGGCCCAGGCCAAGGCAGAAGUGAAAUGGUUCAAGGAUGGGAAAAUGAUAACAUCUAGCAAGAAAUUCAAGGUAGAAGCUGAAGGCAAAUCCCGGCGGCUGAUUGUGCAGCAGGUGGAGGAAAAAGAUGUGGGCGAGUACACCUGUGAGGCCGCUGGCCAGAAACUGACCUUCAGCAUCAUUGCAACAAGUCCAAAAGUUGCAGAAGCUGAGGAGGUGUUUGCCAACAAAGAGAAGGUGCAGGAAGAGAUCAAGGCGGUCCUAUCGGAGAACGCCUCCCUCAGCUGUGAGGUGGCCCAGGCCAAGACGGAGGUGAAAUGGUCCAAGGAUGGGAAAGUGAUCACUUCCGGCAAGAAAUUCAAGGUGGAAGCUGACGGCAAAUCCCGGCGGCUGAUUGUGCAGCAGGUGGAGAAGAAAGAUGGGGGCGAGUACACCUGCGAGGCUGCUGGCCAGAAACUGACCUUCAACGUCAUUGUGACAAGUCCGAAAGUUGCAGAAGCUGAGGACGUGUUUGCCAACAGGGAAACAAUACAGAACGAGAUCAAGGCUGUAACUUCAGAGAUUGCCUCCCUCAGCUGCGAGGUGGCCCAGGCCAAGACAGAAGUGAAGUGGUCCAAGGAUGGGAAAGUGAUCACUUCCGGCAAGAAAUUCAAGGUGGAAGCUGACGGCAAAUCCCGGCGGCUGAUUGUGCAGCAGGUGGAGAAGAAGGAUGGGGGCGAGUACACCUGCGAGGCCGCUGGCCAGAAACUGACCUUCAAAGUCGUCGUAGCAGAUGCAGAAGUUAAGGAUGUGUUUAUCAACAAAGAGAAGGUACAGAAAGAGAUCAAGGCUGUAUCUUCGGAGAACGCCUCUCUCAGCUGCGAGGUGGCCCAGGCCAAGACAGAAGUGAAGUGGUCCAAGGAUGGGAAACUGAUCACUUCCGGCAAGAAAUUCAAGUUAGAAGCUGAAGGCAGAUCCCGGCGGCUGAUUGUGCAGCAGGUGGAGAAGAAGGAUACGGGCGAGUACACCUGUGAGGCCGGCAACCAGAAACUGACCUUCAAAGUCGUCGUAGCAGAAGCUGAGGAUGUGUUUGCCAACGAAGAGAAGGUACAGAGAGAGAUCAAGGCAGUCCUAUUGGAGAAUACCUCCCUCAGCUGUGAGGUGGCCCAGGCCAAGGCAGAAGUGAAAUGGUUCAAGGAUGGGAAAAUGAUAACAUCUGGCAAGAAAUUCAAGGUAGAAGCUGAAGGCAAAUCCCGGCGACUGAUUGUGCAGCAGGUGGAGAAGAAGGAUGUGGGCGAGUACACCUGUGAGGCCGGCAACCAGAAACUGACCUUCAAAGUCAUUGCAGAAGAAGCUGAGGACGUGUUUGCCAACAAGGAAACAAUACAGAAAGAGAUCAAGGCUGUAUCUUCAGAGAAUGCCUCCCUCAGCUGUGAGGUGGCCCAGGCCAAGACAGAAGUGAAGUGGUCCAAGGAUGGGAAAGUGAUCACUUCCGGCAAGAAAUUCAAGGUGGAAGCUGACGGCAAAUCCCGGCGGCUGAUUGUGCAGCAGGUGGAGAAGAAGGAUGGGGGCGAGUACACCUGCGAGGCUGCUGGCCAGAAACUGACCUUCAAAGUCGUUGUAGCAGAUGCAGAAGCUGAGGAGGCAUUUGCCAACAAAGAAAAGGUGCAGAAAGAGAUCAAGGCGGUCCUGUCGGAGAACGCCUCCCUCAGCUGUGAGGUGGCCCAGGCCAAGACGGAGGUGAAAUGGUCCAAGGAUGGCAAACUGAUCACUUCCGGCAAGAAAUUCAAGGUGGAAGCUGACGGCAAAUCCCGGCGGCUGAUUGUACAGCAGGUGGAAAAGAAGGAUGGGGGCGAGUACACCUGCGAGGCCGCUGGCCAGAAACUGACCUUCAACGUCAUUGCGACAAGUCCAAAAGUUGCAGAAGCUGAGGACGUGUUUGCCAACAAGGAAACAAUACAGAAAGAGAUCAAGGCAGUCCUAUCGGGUAACGCCUCCCUCAGCUGCGAGGUGGCCCAGGCCAAGACAGAAGUGAAGUGGUCCAAGGAUGGGAAAGUGAUCACUUCCGGCAAGAAAUUCAAGGUGGAAGCUGACGGCAAAUCCCGGCGGCUGAUUGUGCAGCAGGUGGAGAAGAAGGAUGGGGGCGAGUACACCUGCGAGGCCGCUGGCCAGAAACUGACCUUCAAACUUAAUGUUACAGAGGCUGUGACUAUAUUUGCUAAUAAGGAGAAGGCACAGAAGGAGGUCGUGGCUGUCCUGAAGGAGAGCGCUGCUCUGGUCUGCGAGGUGACCGCCGCUGAGGCUGAGGUGAAAUGGUACAAAGACGGGAAACCCCUCAGCUCCAGCAAAAAAAUCAAGGUGCAGUCUGAGGGCACCACCCGAAAACUGCUCCUGGAGCAGGUGGAGAAGAAGGAUGCCGGGGAGUACACCUGUGAAGCUGUUGGCCAGAAGCUGACUUUCAAGGUUGAAGCAGUUGAAACCGAGCCAAAAUUCCAAAAGAAAGUUGCCCAGGAGAAACCGCUGGUUGUCCAAGAGGCCAAGAGCAUCAUCCUGUCAACUUCAGUGGUGCCUGAUAACGCUGAGGUCAAGUGGUUCAAGGACGGAGCGGAGAUCAAAGACGAAAAAAAGUAUGAGAUCAGAAAAGAGGGCGCCACGAGGACCCUGACUGUAAAACAUGCUGAGGUCAAAGAUGCUGCCGUGUACACUUGUGAGACCAAGAGUGAUAAGCAGCAGUUCCAAGUGCAAGUUCAAGAAAUCCCCGUGAAGUUUGCCAAGAAGCUGGAGCCUGUUAAAGCUGAGAUUGGAGGGACCCUGACUCUGAGUUGCGAACUGAGCCAGCCCGGGGGCAAGGUGGUCUGGCGCAAGGAUGGAGUGGAACUCAAAGCCGACAAGCGCUACCAGAUGCGUGAGAUGGGGGAAAAGCGUGUCCUGAUCAUAACAGGGCUCCGGGCAGAAGACAAGGGCGAAUACUACUGUGAAACCAAGGAUGAGAAGUGCAGCGUUCACGUCGCCCCCGCAGUUGCUAGAGUGGUGAAGUUUGUCAAAGGCCUCCACAACAUCGUAGCUGAAGAAGGCAAGGAGGCCAUUUUCAAGUGUGUCGUCUCCCCCAGCGAUGCAGCCGUCACGUGGAGCAAAAAUGGAGCCAAAAUCGAAGCCAGUAAGAAAUAUGCCAUUUCUCAGAAGGACACAAACCACAGCCUCACCAUUAAUGACCUGACUUUGAAGGAUUCGGCUGAAAUCUCAGCAAAAGCAGAAGGGGCUGAGAGCAAAGCUACCCUCAAGGUGGAAGAGGCACCGGUGUUAUUUGUGAAGAAACUGGAGACCAAAACCGUUCAGGAGAAGGAGACCGUGACUCUCGAGGUAGAGCUGUCAAAGCCAACCACAGAGGUGAAAUGGGCGAAGAACGGCAGCGUGCUCCACUCAAGCGCUGAAAUGGAGAUCAAGGCCAAUGGGGCCAAACACAGCCUGGUGAUUAAGAGUGCUAGCUGUGGGGACCGUGGGUUUUACUCUUGUGAGACCCUCUAUGACAAGACCCAGGGGAAGCUAACGGUGGAAAUGAGGCCCAUCAAGCUGGUGAAAGGCCUGCAGCCGGUGGACGUCCACGAAACAGAGUCAGCCACCUUCGAGGUGGAGUUGUCGCACGAGAAUGUGGAAGUCACCUGGAUGAAAGAUGGCUUGCGGCUGAAGUCUCAGGGCAACUGCCGCAUCAGCGAGCAGGGGAAGAAGCAUUCACUGACUCUUUCCUCCCUUGGGCAAGAGGACUCAGGCCUUGUGGCUUUCAAGGCUGAAGGUCUUCACUCAACAGGCAGACUUAAUGUGAAAGAACCAAAGGUGAAAAUAACCAAACCUUUGGAAGACAUCAGAGCUUCGCACAAGGAUGAAGUAACCUUUGAGUGUGAACUUUCCAGGCCUAAUGCAGAUGUGAAGUGGCGUAAGGAUGGAGUCGAGCUACGGCCAAAUAAAAAAAUUGGAAUCGUGUCCCGAGGGACUACGAGAAGCCUCACAAUUCACAAAUGUGAAUAUGAAGACCAAGGAAAAUAUAUGUGCGACGCUGUUGAUGACAAGAGCUCGGCGACCUUGGAGAUCCACGCCCGAGACAUCAAAAUCGUGAAGCCGUUGGAAGACGUGGAAGUGAGUGAAAAAGAGAGCGCUUCUUUCUCCUGCGAGAUUUCCCACGAUGACGUUGAAACCCAGUGGUUCAGCAACGAAAGCAAAAUCCGGGCUGGAGAGAACGUCAAACUACGUCAAGACGGAAAGAGUUAUGCGCUAGUCUACCGAAGUGUGGAAGUGCAAGAUUCUGCAGAGAUCAAAUUUGUGGCAGAAACGGCAGAAUCUCGAGCAAAACUUAAAGUAAAAGAACUGCCCGUAAAGAUUGUGAAACCUCUCCGUGUGAAGAUCGCCAUUGAGAAGCACCGAGGCUUUCUGGAAUGCCAAGUAUCCCGUCCCAAUGCUGUGGUCAAGUGGUACAAGGAUAACCAGGAGGUCCAUCCUAGCAAUAAGUAUGAGAUUGUGAGUGACGGGGUCUACAGGAAGCUCCUCAUCAAUGAGACAGAGUUUGAAGAUGAAGGCAUUUACACCUGCGAUGCCAUCGAUGAUAAAAGCAGCGCUCAGUUCUAUGUGGAAGAACAAUCCAUUAAUAUUGUGAAAGGGCUGAGAGACGUGGAGGUGACCGAGCCGGCAGAAGCCAGGUUUGAAUGUGAGAUCUCCAUUCAAUCUGUGAAGCCCCCCAAGUGGUCCCUCCGCGGAGAGGUCCUGCAGGCCGGCAAGGAUGUCCUGAUAGAGCAAGAGGGGAGAAUCCACCGCUUGAUCCUGAGGAAGACUGACAUGGACAUGACGGGCACCAUUCAGUUGGCCAUCGGCAAAGCCAAGUCCUUGGCAAACCUGGUGGUAAAAGAUCUUCUGGUGACCAUUACCAGGCAGCUAGAAGACAAGAUCGUCCAGGAAACCCAUUCCGUUGUCCUGUCUUGUGACUUCAAGCCUUCUCCCAAAGUAGUGGAAUGGUACAAAGACCACACCCUCAUCGAACCCUCAGAGAGAUUUAAGCCCAAGAGGGAAAAACACACAGCAGAGCUCAAAAUCCUGAGACUGAAUAUUGGUGAUUCUGGCGUUUACAAGUGCAAAGCUGGGAGUGCAGAGACCAAAGCCAUGCUGACCGUUUUAGAGCGCAAAGUGGAGAUCACCAAACACCUGCAGGAUGUGGAAAUCGAUGAGGAGGGUUGUGCCGUCUUCUCCUGUGAGCUAGCUGAGGACAGCGAUGACGUAGAAUGGUUCCUUAAUGACACACAUCUCUUCCCCAACAACUUCAAUGAGAUCAAGAGGUUGGGCACGUCUCACAGCUUGACACUCAAGCACGUCAUGACAGAAGAUGCCGGGACGGUGACAGUCAAGGUUCAGAAGAAGGUGUCCGAGAGCGCUCGGCUGAAGGUGAAAGAGAAGCCCGUGGUCUUCAUGAAAUCCCUGGAUGAUGUUGUUGGAGAGGAGCGUGGUACAGUCACUCUGGAGUGUGAGGUCUCCAAGACAAAGGUCAAACCCGUCUGGAAAAAGGAGGGCGCGGCGCUUACUCCAGGAGACAAGUAUGAGAUGCUGCAGGCUGGAAAGACAUUGGGUCUCAUCAUCCAUGAUCUCGACAAGAAGGAUGCUGGCUUGUACACGUGUGAUCUCGGUACAGAGGUUGCCAAGUCUAAAGUCAGUGUUCAAGAGCUGAAUGUCGGCAUCACGAAACGCCUAAAGAACACCGAAGUCCUGGAAGGGGAGAGCUGUAGCUUUGAAUGUGUUCUCUCCCACGAAAGUGUCGAAGAUUGCCAUUGGCUCGUCAAUGGGAAUGAAGUGAGCCAUGAUGGACGGUUUAGAGCUUUCAACAAAGGGAGGAAAUACACCCUCACUAUCAAAAAAGCCCUAGCUUCCGACGCCGGAGAAGUGUCUUUCUCGGUCCGUGACUUAAACUCCAAAGCCUCCCUAAUUGUGAAAGAAAAGCCAGCAGAAUUUACACGGCAGCUGGAGGACAAGACGACGGCGGUAGGGCAGGAGGUGAGCCUGAGCUGCGACUUGUCCAAAUGGGACGGCAACGUCAAGUGGUACAAGGACGGCAAAACCAUUCGGAGAAGCCAGAAGUACGACCUGCGUCAGGAGGGAACCCGGGCCAUAUUGAUUAUCCACGACGCCACGGUCAAGGAUAGCGGCGAAUAUACCUGCGAGACGGAAAUCUCCAAAACAAAAGCAACACUCACGGUGGAAGAAGCAGGAAAUAACUUCGUCAAAGAUCUUUCGGACCUGAAAUUGGAUGAAAAUAAAAAAGCGGUUUUCACGUGUGAAACCAAGAAGCCCGCUUCUGCUGUGACCUGGAGGAAAGGCAUUGCUGAUCUUAAGGCAAGCCAGAAAUAUGAGAUCAGCCAGAAGGGGAACGUCCUGCAACUCACGGUGAACGACUUAAAGGAAAAUGACACUGACAUCUACACCUGUGACAUUGGCGAUACCCAGUCAAGUGCAAAGCUAGUCGUGCAAGCCCUGCCGGUUCUUUUCAAACAAGAGCUGCAAAGCAGGGAAGCCAAGGAGGGAAGCAAGGUCCGGCUCACCUGCGAACUCAACAAGCCAGACCUGCCGGUGCAGUGGAUGAAGGGGAGCGAAGUUCUGCAAGCCGGCGACAAGUAUGAGUUCAAGCAGCGCGGCGCUGUGGCAGAACUUGUCAUCCUGGAUGCAAAGGUUACUGAUGCCGGGAAGUACACCUGCAGCGCCGGCGAGCUCAAGACCUCUGCUCAGGUGGAAGUGACGGCUGCACCGGCUCUUUUUAAAGAAGAGCUGAUGGAUACGGAAAAGGAAGAAGGGGGCACGGUAGCUUUACGCUGUAUGCUCGCUGCGCCCGACGCCCCCGUUACCUGGAAGAAAGGAACAACCAUCCUUCGGGCUAGUGAGAAGUAUGAGAUGAAGCGGGACGGGUGUGUGGCUGAACUGGUCAUUCGCAAUGCAGAGCCAGAGGAUGCUGGGAGAUAUUCCUGCAACGUCAGGGAUCAGCAGAGCGUGGCUCAGGUCAAAAUUCACGCCACGCCUGUCCAUUUCAAAGAAGCGCUAAAGAACACGGAAGCCACGCAAGGCGGAAUAGUUACUCUGCGCUGUGAGCUGAAUAAGCCCGCUCCAGUGGAGUGGACGAAGGGGCAGAAGGGCUUGAAGCCCAGCAGCAAAUACAGAAUGAAGAAAGAAGGCACUGUUGCUGAGUUGACCAUCCACGAUCUAGACCUGAAGGAUGCCGGAGAUUACGCAUGCACCUCUGGAGACCAGAAGACAACAGCUGUCUUAACAGUGAAUGCCGUGGCAGCGCACUUCAAAACAAAACUGAAGAACGAGGAAGCAACCGAGAGCGGAUCGGCCACUCUGCAGUGCGAGCUGACCAAGGCCGUGGGCUCAGUUGAGUGGAUGAAGGACCAAAAGGUGCUGACGCCGAGCGACAAGUACAGAAUGCGGCUAGAGGGCCGCUUUGCGGAGCUCACAAUCCAAGAUCUGGAAGCAGCAGAUGCUGGGAAUUACACCUGUGUGUACGGAGAGCAGAAGACCACCGCAGCUUUGAAAGUGAAUGCGCUGCCUGUGUUUUUCCAAGAAGAACUGAAAAGUAAGGAGGUUACUGAAGGUGAGACAACCACACUGCACUGCAGGCUGAGCAAAGCUGCCCCUGUGGAGUGGCAGAAGGGUCCACAGGCACUCAAGCCAAGUGGCAAAUACCAAAUAAGGCAGGAGGGUCCGUGUGCCGAGCUGGUGAUCCAUGACUUGGAUGUGAAAGACUCUGGAGACUACACUUGUGCAUGUGGAGGCCAGAAGACUACAGCUAGCUUGACAGUGAAUGUUCUGCCUGCGCUUUUCACCAAAGCCCUGAAGGACGAAGAAGCUACGGAAGGCAAAGAAGCCGCUCUGCGGUGCGAGCUGAACAAAUCGUCUGCCGCCGUGGAGUGGAAGAAAGGCCACAAGACCCUGAAGACGGGCAAGAAAUAUACAAUGAGACGUGAAGGCGCCGUCGCUGAACUGGUCAUCCAAGGCGUGGAACUAACAGACGCUGGCAGUUACAGCUGUGUGUGUGGAGCAGAGCAGACCACGGCAUCUUUAGAAGUCAAGGCUCUGCCUGUGCUUUUCAAAGAAGGCCUGAAGAACAGGGAAGCCGUAGAGGGUACGACGGCCACUCUGCAUUGUGAAAUGACCAAAGCUGGUGCGGAGGUGAAGUGGAAAAAGGGACCCCAAAUCCUCAAGCCAAGUGACAAGUACAGAAUGAGGCAGGAAGGUGCUGUAGCCGAACUCUUGAUUCGAGAGCUUCAGGUGGAGGAUACAGGAGAUUAUACCUGCCUUUGUGGAGACCAAAAGACGACGUCUGCCUUGACCGUUCAUGCUGUGCCUGCACGUUUCCAAGAAGAGCUCAAAGGCAAAGAAGCGAAGGAAGGUGAGGCGGCCACUUUGCGCUGUGAACUAAGCAAGGCUGCUCCGGUGGAAUGGAGGAAGGCUGGAAAGGCCCUCAAACUGAGUGAGAAAUAUAAAAUCAAACAGAAGGAUAAUGUGGUUGAGCUGACCAUCCAUGACAUCACUGAGGAAGAUGCUGGGGAAUACUCUUGCAUAUGUGGAGAGCAAAAGACUUCUGCAUCCCUAACCGUGCAUGCCCUACCUCCACGUUUCAAAGUAGAGCUGAAGAGCCUGGAGGCUGCAGAAGGUGGAACAGCUACUCUACGGUGUGAGCUGACCAAGGCUGCAGCUCCAGUGGAGUGGCGGAAAGGCAAUCAGGUCCUCAAGCCAAGCGAUAAAUACGAAAUGAAGCUGGAAGGUGCCCUCGCUGAGCUUGUCAUUUGCAGCUUGGAACUGGCAGAUGCUGGUAGUUACAGCUGCACAUUUGGGGAUUUGAAGACCUCUGCUUCCUUAGCAGUGAAUGCGCUCCCUGCCCUCUUCAAGAAAGGCCUGGAGAACCAAGAGGCAUCAGAAGAUGGGACUGUUACUUUCCAGUGUGAGCUGACAAAAGCCGCUCCAGUGGAGUGGAGGAAGAAGCAUAAGUCACUCAAACCAAAUGACAAAUACAAAAUGAGGCAGGAAGGGUCUGUCUCGGAGCUUGCGAUCCUCAACCUAGAACUUAAUGACGCCGGGGAGUAUUCCUGUGUGUGCGGCAACGAGAAAGCUACGGCAGUGCUGACAGUGCACGCCCUCCCUGUGCUUUUCAAAGAAGGAUUAACAAGUACAGAAGCCACAGAAGGUGAUACUGCAACCCUGCGGUGCCAGCUCAGCAAGGCUGCUCUUGUGCAAUGGAAGAAGGGCAGCCGGUUGCUGAAAAACAGUGAAAAAUACGUCACCAGGCAAAAGGACGCCACGGCGGAACUGGUAGUCCGUAACCUAGAAGAGGAGGAUUCUGGCGAUUAUACGUGCGUGUGUGGCGACCAGCAAACCACAGCUGCCUUAGCAGUACAUGUCCUGCCAGCCCUCUUCAAAGAAGGCCUAAAGAGCGAGGAAGCCACAGAAGGUGGGACAGCCACUCUGUGCUGUGAACUGACCAAGGCCGCUCCGGUGGAGUGGAUGAAGGGGCAACAUUUGCUCCAAGAGAGCGAUAAAUGCAAAAUGAGACAGGAAGGCUCUCUUGUGAAGCUGGUGAUCCUAGAUCUGGAGUUGACGGAUGCUGCUGAAUAUACCUGCCUCUGUGGAGACCAGAAGACAGCAGCUUCCUUGACCGUGCAUGCCUUGCCUGCACGUUUCAAAUGCAACCUGGAGGACGUGGAAGCCACAGAAGGCAGUGCGGUCAGGCUGCAUUGUGAGCUGACCAAGGUUGCCUCUGUGGAAUGGAAGAAAGGGCACCAGGUGCUCCAGCCAAGCGAAAGGUGUGUCGUGAGACAAGACGGUGUCACGGUCGAGCUGGUGAUCCACGAACUAGAUCUUCAGGAUAUGGGAAGCUACACCUGUGUGUGUGGAGCCCAACAGACCACGGCAUCUUUGACAGUCCAUGCCUUACCUGCCCGUUUCGCAGAAGACCUAAGGAGCCAGGAAGUCACCGAAGGCAAAACUGUUGUUCUUCGCUGUAACCUGACCAAGGUGGCGGAAGUUGGCUGGAGGAAAGGGCAACUUGUCCUCAAAGAAUGCGAGAAAUACACAGUAAAACAAGAAGGCACCAUUUCAGAGCUGGUGGUCCACAAUCCAGAUGAAAAGGACGCAGGAGAAUAUACCUGUGUUUGUGGAGACCAGCAGAGCACCGCCACCUUAAGAGUCAAUGCCCUCCCACCACAGUUCAAAACGGAAUUGAAGGACGUGGGAGCCACCGAAAACGGAACGGCUUCACUACGCUGUGAGCUCACCAAAGUCGCUCCGGUGGCGUGGAAGAAAGAGGAGAAGAAACUAGCAGAAAGUGACAAAUACCAAAUCAGACAGGAAGGGACUGUUACAGAAUUGGUGAUCCGUGAUUUAGACAUUCAGGACACCGGACGUUACACCUGUACAUGUGGAGACCAGAAUACCACGGCAGUCUUAACGGUCAACGCCCUCAAGCCUGAAUUCAAGCAACGGCUGAAGAACGAGAAAGCAGAAGAAGGUGGGACAGCCAGGUUCCGCUGCGAGGUAACAGUCGUGAAGGCCCCGGUGGAGUGGAAGAAAGAUGGCGUGGCGCUUCACUCUGGACCCAAAUAUGAAAUCAGACAGGAAGGGGCCAGCCAUGAGCUCCUUGUUCGCAACCUGGAGCCCAAAGACAGUGGAGAGUAUUCCUGCAUCACUGGAGAUCAAACCACAUCUGCAACACUUGCAGUGAAGGAACUCGACGUCACCAUCCUCAGGGGGCUAAAGAACGCUGAGGUGUUUGAGGAGGAAGACGUCACCUUCGAGUGCAAGGUCUCCCACGACAACGCGAGGGACGUGGAAUGGAAGCUAGAGGAUGCCGUUCUCCAGAGCCACGAGAUGAACGAGAUCUCGGUCGAGAAAGGCAGGAUCCACACGCUGAGGCUGAAGAAGGUCACUCAGCAAGAUUCCGGCACUGUCACCUUCCGAGUGGGACCGUAUACCUCCACAGCACAGCUCAAAGUGAAAGCACCGCUUCCCAAAUUUAAAGAGGAACUAGUGAACAAAGACUUCCAAGAGGACAGCACAGCUAUCCUGAAAUGCGAAGUCUCCCAGCCCAACGUCUCUGCGACGUGGAAGAAGGGCGCCCAAGUGAUUUCUCCAAGCUCCAAAUAUGAAAUCAAGCAAGAAGGAACAAUACAUUCUUUAAAGAUUUAUAAUUUAAAGCCAGAGGACUCUGGCAAAUACACCUGUGACAUCGGGAACCAGAAAACCACAGCAACUGUCUCUGUGGAAGCCACCCCGGCCCUUUUUGAAGUCCAUCUUGAGAGCCAGGAGGCCGAGGAAGGCUCGAUGGUCAACCUCCUGGCUGAGCUCUCCAAACCUGACGUGCCUGUGAAGUGGACAAAAGGAUCGGCCAAACUGCGGCCCAGCGAAAAGUACGAGAUGAGGCAAAGGGGUUCCACCGUGGAGCUCCUCAUUCAUGAUGCACAACCGGAGGACUCUGGGGACUAUACCUGUGACUCAGGUGACCAGCAGACCACAGCAUCGUUGCUUGUCAAAGCUUUGCCCGUGCUUUUUAUCAAGUCCCUUGAGAAUCAGGAGGCUGAAGAAGGGGGCACCGUCACCCUGAGCUGUGAGGUCUCCAAACGCGGUGCCCCUGUGCAGUGGGAAAAGGACGGGCAGCCGCUCCGGUCCGGUGACAAGUACAAGAUGACGCAAGUAGGCGCUGUGGUGGAACUGACUGUGUGCAAGCUGAGUGCUGGCGAUGGCGGGGAGUACAGCUGCAACACAGGAGACCACAAGACGACGGCCAUGCUGCUGGUGAAAGAACCGCCGGUCACCGUUGUGGAAGCACUGAAAGACAUCACCUUGUACGAAGGUGAGGAUGCAGUAUUCCAGUGCCAGGUCUCUCGAGAGAAAGCUAAGGACGUGCAGUGGAGUUUGGCUGGGGUGCCCCUCCAGUCCAAUGAAAUGAAUGAGAUUGAGGUUCAAGGGAAACUUCACACUCUCACCCUCCGGAAGGUGGCACUGGAAGACUGCGGCUCCGUCAGCUUCCGAGUGGGACAGAAUUCUUCAGAGGCUCAGCUGACUGUGCAAUCUGCACCAGUAAUCUUCAUAAAGCAGCUGGAGAACCUGGAAGUGGACGAGAACGGCACGGCCGUCCUGCGCUGUGACAUCUCCAAACCCGGCGUCCGCGUGGAAUGGAAAAAGGGGGCGUCUGCGAUCCAGCCCAGCCAGAAGUUUGACAUCAAGACAGAAGCGACUGCCCACAGCUUGAUCAUCCAGAAUGUGGUUCCUGAAGACUCGGGGGAAUAUAGCUGCAGUACAGUCGACAGGGCGACCACCGCCAGACUCAAGGUUAAAGCUCUCCCGGUGCUUUUCAAACGUGGCCUCCAAAACAAGGAAGCUGAGACAGGCCACACAGUGUCCUUGCGCUGUGAGCUGUCCAGGCCCAUGGCUCCAGUGGUCUGGAAGAAAGGGAAUGUGAUACUCCAGCCAAGUAACAAGUAUGACAUCAGGCAAGAAGGGAACUUUGCAGAGCUCCUCAUUUAUGAUUUGGAAGCUCAGGAUGGUGGCGAUUACACCUGCGAUUCACGAGACCAACAGACAACUGCCACAGUCAAGGUCAAAGUUCUGCCCGUGCUCUUCAAAGAAGAACUGCAGAACGUGGAGUCAGAAACAGGUGGAUCAGCUGUCCUGCACUGUGAGAUCUCCAAACCUGACGCUCCAGUUGAGUGGAGGAAAGGAACCCUGGUUCUUCAGCCCAGCGCCAAGUAUGAGAUGCGGCAGAGAGGCGUCAGUGUUGAGCUGAUCAUUCACGAUUUGGAGCCUGAAGAUUGUGGACCCUACACUUGCAGCACCGGAGAUGAGCUGUCUACAGGCUCUGUUUAUGUACAAGAAGAGGAAGUGCAGAUAGUUUCUGGUUUAAAGAACACGGACGUCUUUGCGGGUGAAUCCGCCACUUUCACCUGUGAGCUCUCUCGCGCCGGCAUGCCAAAUGCGCAGUGGUGGCUGGACGGAUCCCCUCUUCAGAGCAGCUCCGUGAACGAAAUCUCUGUGCAAGACGGGAAAAAGCAUACUUUGACCCUAAAGGACCUGGGGCCUAAUGAUUCAGGGAUUGUGACCUUCAGAGCCGGCCCCCUCAUAUCCUCUGCUAAAUUAUUAAUCAAAGAUCCAACCAUUGAGGUGGUCAGUCCCAUGCAUGACAUUAUCGUUGAGGAAGAUGGCACAGCAGAAUUCAUCUGCCAGUACUCUCGGCCCGUGCAGGCCACAUGGAUGAAGAACGACCAGGAGGUCCGCGCGGAUGGCCGGCGCAUUGUCGUUGAGCAGGACUGGAACGUGGCCAAGCUACAAAUUAAGCCCGCUCUCCCAGGGGAUACCGGCAUCUAUUCUUGCGAAGCGGGAGGCACGAAAGUGGUGGCUAUGCUUGAUGUUCAAGCCAAGAACACCAUCAUCCAGGGUUUAGAGAACGUCGAUGCGAUGGAAGGGGGUGAAGCUCUGUUUGAGUGCUACCUUUCCAAACCGGAGAUCUACAAUUAUAAUUGGCUGAUUGAUGAUGAGCCUGCUAAAACCUCAGAAAACAUUGAGAUGGUUUAUUUUGAAAAUGGGCUCCGGCAUCUCCUCCUCUUGAAGAACCUCACGGCCGAAGACAGCUGCAGGGUGACUUUUCAGGCUAGCGAUGUGGUGACAUCUGCAUUCCUGACCGUAAAAGGGUGGCGCCUAGAAUUCUUGCAGCCGUUAACUGACAUCACAGUCACUGCUGGGGACCGAGCGGUCUUCAACUGUGUUUUAAGUGAAGCUGUCCCAGUCAACGAGGUGGCGUGGUACAUUAAUGAUGUGGAUAUCCAACCAGAUGAAAACUGGGGAAUCGAGGCAGAAGAGAAUAGCUACAAACUUAUACUGAAAAAAGCACAGCUCCGUCACUCUGGAGAGGUCACCUUUGCUGCAAGGGAAGCCAUUGCAUCCGCCAAGCUAACUGUCAUAGGCUCUGUUGCGGUCGCUCAGCCUUUGGUUGACAAGUCUGCUGUAGAAGGGCAGAAGGCUCGUUUGGAGUGUGAAUUAUCCAACGAAGCUGAGGAAGUGGUUUGGUUCAAGGGGAAAGAACCCGUCCAGCCUGGAGGAAGAUAUGAAAUCAUCUCAGAAGGCAAAAAGCAGGCAAUCAUCAUCCAUGACUUUAAACCUGAAGAUCAAGGCUCAUACACCUGCAUGGCCUCUCGUGAUGUCAAGACAUCUGCCACUCUUUCUGUUGAAGUUUCCACAGUGUCAAUGUUAAAGGAGGGGGUGGAGGAGACACGGACGGCGAAUGAGCUGGACGAGAUCGUGGAUGAGCAGGUGCAACCCAGCUUACCCCCUGAAGCGGCUCAGGAGGGCGACCUCCACCUCUUAUGGGAAGCGCUUGCCAAGAAGCGUAGGAUGAGUCGCGAGCCAACCCUGGAUUCGAUCAGCGAAUUGCCAGAAGAGGACGACAAGAAGCAGAAGAAGGAAGAAGCCGAGAUAAUCCAGUACUACUCUGAGGGAUACUCUACUUGUGAUGAGUCGGCUAAAGCAGGAGAGGCAGACUACUCCGUCACCAGUUCAGAUGAUGAGUCAAGAGCUGGGACUCCUUCCUUCAUCAACUACCUCAAAAAGGCCAGCUCAUCCUCUGCCAGCGUCACUAGCAAAGUUCAGACCGUCUCUGCAGAGACAACCUAUAAGCAGUGGGAGAAGACCGGCACUGAGCUACCUCCUCCUGCUAAGCCAGCUGAGCCAGAAACUGUAGAAGGAGACUUGGAUGACCCUUCCAUGGCUCAGGCAGCCGUAAAAAUUCAGGCCGCUUUCAAAGGGUACAAAGUAAGAAAGGAAAUCAAGCAGCAAGAAUGCCCGGUGUUUGCUGAGACCUUCAAGGACUUCUCCGGUGAGCCAGGAGGCACCCUCCAUCUUGAAUGUGUGGCUCAAAGCAAGACGGACAUGAAGGUCCGCUGGUUGAAAGAUGGCAAUGAAGUUUUGGAUGGGCGCCAUUAUCAUAUAGACAAUUACAGUGAUGGGACAUGCUCCUUGAUUAUCACUGGUCUGGAAAUGAAUGACAUAGGCAAGUACACCUGUGAGGCGUCCAAUAAAUUCGGCAAGGUGUCCCACAGUGCCAAGGUGAUGGUGUCUCCACAGCCUCAAGCACCCGUACGGAAGCACAAGCCUGACCAAAACUUUCCUGAGAGUGAAACAGAGAGCUCUUCCGGCAGUGAGCUGGACGACGCCUUCCGUAAAGCAGGGAGGCGUCUUCACAAGCUGUUCAAAUCAAAGAUCUCCACAGAGAUCUCGGAUGUGGAAGAGGAACUCUUUGUCAGUGCGGACGAGGGAGAGAUAGAGGUGGUGGACCGCCAGACCUACCGGGAAGACGAAAAGUACAUCUACAUCAAGUUUGAAGUUAUGUUGGAGGCGAAAACAGCUGCUAGCCGGUUUAGGGAAAUGUUUGCUGCUAUGGGCAUUCCCGUUGAGAUUGACAUCCUGGAUCAAGGGCCUAGAAAGAUGGAGUUGCGUAUUGGGAAAGCCACGCCGCCCGCUCCAGGGCAACUGCGGACCUUGGUGAAACGGCCUCCACCACCUUUACUAACAUCUGAUACUGCUCCUAUCUUCAUAACCGAACUUCAAAACCAAGAAGUGCAAGAUGGCUAUCCAGUUAGUUUUGACUGUGUGGUUAUCGGUAAACCAACCCCCACUGUCCGGUGGUUCAAGGAUGGGAGAGUUAUUGAAGAGGAUGACCACUACAUGAUCAACGAAGAUCAGGAAGGCUGCCACCAGCUCAUCAUCACAGCUGUGGUGCCCCUUGACAUGGGCGUAUACCGCUGUCUGGCUGAAAACAGCAUGGGCGUUUCUUCGACAAAAGCUGAGCUACGAGUGGACUUGACCAGUACAGAUUAUGAUACAGCCGCGGAUGCAACAGAGACGUCGUCCUACUACAGCGCUAAAGGGUAUUUUUCCAGCCGAGAACAAGAAGGAGCGGAAUCCAUGACUGAAGAGGAGCAGCUGCCACAGAUUCUGGAUGAACUUCAUGACAUCCACGUAGCCCCUGGAGCACCCCUGGCCAAAUUCCACCUGAAGGUUAAAGGUUACCCACAGCCUCGUCUCUACUGGUUCAAAGAUGGCCAGCCAUUGCAUGCAUCAGACCGACUCUUAAAAACUGACAAGAGAGAGUUUCAUGCUCUUGAAGUUCUCAGUGUCACAAAGGAGGACGCGGGUCAAUAUUCUGUAUUUAUUAGCAACUCUGCUGGUUCUGCGUAUUCAUCGGCCAGAUUGCUCGUCAAAGGGCCUGGUGAGGAAGAAGAGAAACCAGAAAAAGUUGUCCAUGAGCAGCUGGUGCCACCAAGAUUCCUGGAAAGAUUUACCAACAAGAAAGUGAGGACAGGUGUCAGCAUUACCCUUUCUGUGAAAGUUGAAGGAAGUCCAUCACCUUCGGUGACUUGGCUGAAAGAAGAGACCCAUGGAGAAGACAUCCUCUGGAUCAAGUCAGACACUCCGGGUUAUAAACUUGCCAGUUCCAACAUGCAUUAUAGUCUAAUCUUACUGGAUGUGAAGAAGGAAUACAGUGGAAACUACACCUGCAUUGCCUCCAAUGAGGCUGGCCAGUCUAUCUGCAGUGCCUCCCUGGAAGUUCUGGAUGUGAAAGAGGCUGAAUCUUUGACCCAGGAGCGCGUGAUGGUGACAGAGGCUAUAAUGACGUCACUCGGGUAUGAAGAAGACAAGGAAAGAAAAGAACACGGAGUCGGGGAUUCAGUUCACCCUUCUGAAGCCAGAAAAGGGGGGCACGUGGAAGGCGAAGCUGUCCGGAGCUCCAUUUCUCUUGCCGAAGUUGGGACGGAGGAGUUCCUCCAGAAACUGACAUCGCAGAUCACAGAAAUGGUGUCUGCAAAGAUAAGUCAAGCCACGCUUCGUGUCCCCGGAGCGGACAGUGACGAUGAAUCCAAAACGCCAUCCCCUUCCCCGCGACAUGGCAGGUCCAGGCCGUCCUCAACUGUUCAGGAGUCUUCCUCUGAGUCUGACGAAGGAGAUGCGCGAGGAGAGAUUUUUGACAUCUACAUGGUCACUGCCGACUACACACCCAUGGGUGCCGACCGUGAGACCAUCACCCUGAAAGAAGGACAAUAUGUGGAGGUCCUGGAUUCUGCUCAUCCUCUGAAAUGGUUGGUUAGGACCAAGCCCACCAAGUCCAGCCCUUCCAGGCAAGGUUGGGUUUCUCCAGCCUACCUGGAUAAGAGGUUAAAGUUGUCUACCGAGUGGGGUGUUCCAGAGAUCCCAGAGUUCCCUGGAGAAUCUGUUUCAGAGGAUGAAUAUAAAAAGAAGCUGAGCCUCAUUGUUCAGGACCUGCUGAACUCAGAGGAGGAUUUUGUGAAGGACCUUCAGUUCCUCCAGACCCAUCACGUUCAGUUCACCGAGACCUGUCCCGUCAUCCCUGCUGCCGUUUCCAGCCAGAAGCUCAUUAUCUUCAGAAAUGUUACCGACCUAACUCACUUCCAUUCCAACACAUUCUUCCCAGAGCUCCAGAAAUGUGACACGGAUGAUGAUGUGGCAAUGUGUUUCAUCAAGAACGAGGGGGAAUUUGACAAGUACAUCCAGUACCUGGUGGGCCGUAUACAGGCUGAGUCCAUCGUUGUCAGCAAAGCUGUUCAGGAGUUCUACAAGCGAUACACAGAGGGAACGUUAUCCGCCGAGGUCCCUUCCCAGCCCCCUGUACUUCCUCUGCAGCACUAUCUGGAGAGACCAAUUAACAGGAUUCAGAAGUACCAAACUGUAAUCAAGGAGCUAAUCCGGAAUAAAGCAAGGAAUAGUCAAAACUGUGCACUGCUGGAGCAGUCUUAUGCUAUCGUGUCUGCACUCACUAGACGAGCAGAAAACAACAUCCAUGUGUCCCUCAUUGAGAACUAUCCAGGAACCCUGGAGAUCUUAGGGGAGCCCAUCAGACAGGGACAGUUCAUUGUAUGGGAAGGAGCACCUGGAGCCAGAAUGGCUUGGAAGGGUCACAAGCGACACGUCUUCCUCUUCAAGAAUUACCUCCUCGUGUGCAAGCCCAAACGAGACACCAAGACAGAUACCUACAGCUACAUCUUCAAGAACAUGAUGAAGCUGCCAAACAUAGACGUGAAUGAUCUCGUGGAAGGGGAUGACCGGGCGUUUGAGAUUUGGCACGAGCGGGAAGACUCAGUCCGCAAAUAUCUGUUUCAAGCCCGGACCGUCAUCAUCAAGAACUCUUGGGUGAAGGAAAUCUGUGGUAUCCAGCAGCGCAUCAGCCUUCCUGCCUGGGAUCCACCAGACUUUGAGGAGGAACUGGCUGACUGCACAGCUGAGGUUGGCGAAACUGUGAAAUUAGCCUGCCGAGUAACAGGGACACCAAAGCCAGGUGUCACCUGGUAUAAAGACGGGAAACCUGUGGAGGUAGAUCCCCAUCACAUCAUCAUUGAAGAUCCUGAUGGCUCCUGCACGUUGAUCCUGGACAACCUGACGGGUGUGGAUUCAGGGCAAUACAUGUGCUUUGCUGCUAGCCCAGCUGGUAAUGCCAGUACCCUGGGAAAGAUCCUUGUUCAAGUGCCUCCCCGGUUUGUGAACAAGGUUAAACAUGCCUAUUAUGCAGAUGGUGAAGAUGCACAAUUUACCUGCACCAUUGAAGGAGCGCCUUCGCCACAGGUCAGGUGGUAUAAAGAUGGGAAUCUACUGACAGACCCAAAUAAACACCAGAGUUUUAGUGAACCACGAAGUGGCGUUAUAGUUCUUGUGAUCAAAAACGCCUGUAAAGACGACCUGGGAUUCUAUGAGUGUGAGCUGGCAAACAGAUUAGGGACAGCAAAAAGCGGCGCUCAGCUUUACCACCAGAGUGCAGCAGCCUUGGCCCAGGAGAGGAGACCAGAUCAAGCCAUUACAAUUGAAGUCACUGAGCAAGAGACUAAAGUGCCCAAGAAAACGAUCAUCAUAGAGGAAACAAUAACGACGGUGGUGAAGACCCCAAGGGUAAAGCGACGAGUUUCUCCUGCUCGCUCACCUUCAGGCUAUUCUUCUGCUCGCUCUCCAAGAUCGGAGUUUUCAAUGCCUGAGCCAAUUUUUGCGAGCAAGCUUAGGCAGCCUGUCCACAGGCACGACCCAGAGGCAAUGCAGAAGGCAGCCAUUCCCACCCUUUUUGUGACGGAGCCAGACGAAAAGCAAGGAGCGGCAGUUAGAAGUAUUAUUGUGGAAACCACUGUGGAGGAACAGAAACCGAAAUGGGUUGAAGUAGAGGAAAUAAUUGAAUUCAACGUGAAGAAGCCCACCCAAACAGCUAGGAAAAGAGGAGCUUCUCCUACGAGAUCAGAAAAAGGCGAAUUCGCGUCAAGUUAUUCCCGGCCUGGCACAAGACCCAGGCGUUCCUCUGAAGAUGACCCAAACACAAAUAACUCAAACAAUAAGCUAGUGGAGCAUGUGGAGUCUUCCGUGCCCCAAGAUGUUGAAAUAUCUGGAGCAGAUUACAAAGGAACAUCAACGAGCAAUGAAAAUGAAAGUUCUCAUGGUGGGUUGGAAGAAAAAAGCUCCCCUGAAGAAUGUGUUCAUAAGGUUGAUUCACCAGCUGUUGCCUUUGUGGAUGAGCUAUUUGAGACAACUGCGGUGAGCAAGGAUGGCUGUACACAUAGAGAUCUAGAGGUUAAGGAAUUCAAUACGAUAUGGACUGCCAAGGAUGAAUCCUCAGGUCCCAUGCAAGAUGAAGGCCUUCCAGAGGAAAACAUUAUAGUGGAUGAGCCAGAACAGGGAGGGUCGGAUGACCUCAAAAACCGAAACCUCAAAAUCCUUACCCGUAACGGGAAAGCAUUAACUUUGGAGGACCUGGAAGAUUACGUCCCUGAAGAAGGGGAAACAUACAGAUGUGGCAAUCCUAACUCUGCAGAUGACAAACCUUGCGAAAUAGCUGUGCUGCAGACGGAAAUCAACAAACCCACCAUUGGGAAGCCAGUCUUACUCAACGUUGGCAGACCUGUGGCUUCGAAUCCAACACAAACCUUUUUUAGCAAGUUUGAAGGACACCAUCCAGGAAGUGUCUUUAUGUCAGCAUCUAGAGUGACAGGAAUGCAGUCCAGGGGUCCAUCUAACAUUUCCUUCCACGUUGCGGAGUCCUGCACAGCUGCAAUGGCAACGCCAGCAUCACACGCAACGGCUGCAGGAACCUCAACCGGAGGGCCCCCAUUCAAACUGACGCCAUCUUUCUGCACCGAAGUCCAGCUGUCCCCAGACAAUGGACAGUCAAGUUUCAAAACGGAGGUUUCCACAAGAACCCACAGCUACAGCACUGUCGGGGAGCCCGUGACAUUGUGCAUCAAGAAGGAAGAUCCCUCCCAAAGCUGAGCCGAACUGAGCUCAGCUUUUCUAGCAGUUAUAUAA